CCGAUGCUCCCUCUUCUCCUGGCCGCGAGGGGGAAGGGGCGGUGCUGCCAUUUCGCCCCAGCCAGCCUCCGGCAAGCCGGCCGCCGUUGCUUUGUGCGCGAGGAGCGGAGCGGAGCGGAGCGGAGGCGGCGGCUGCUGCGUGGAGUCCCCCAGCCGAAUUAAAAUGUCAUCUUGGGUUAAGGUUACCAGGGGUCAAGUUCAGAAACCUAUUGUGGAUAAAAGCAUAAAUCCUUACAGACCAUACCAGAAAAGUCCUUAUUCUCCCCAAGAUGGUUAUUCAAAGGACUUUGAAGAUCUGAAUAGUUUUGAAGAACUAUUUGGACAACAGUAUGACUAUUCACCAGGAAAUGAAGAUUACUAUGAGAGAUACCAGUAUUCCCAAAAAGGUCCCAGUCUGCAUGAGAUCCCAGGGAUACCCGGAAGACAAGAGGCAGCAGUGGCAGCCCAGCAGCCAGGUUCUUCCAGGCGACAGGAUCCGGAGCAUGAAUCCUCAGCAGUGGAAGUUGGCCCAACCACCCCUUGCUCCCGAGAGAAGUGGAGAACAGCAAGGGCUGCAAGUGUGGUCCCCCCGGCAGGGGUAUCUCCUUUGCCGGUAGUGGAUGAUGACUAUACCAGGGAUGAUCGUAGGGAGAAGCUAUACCUACAGUUUUACCAGCAGAUACAGAAAGAGUAUGAUAAAGAAAGACCUUCUGACUGUAUCAUUGUGGCCAUCAGCAAGGAACAAACGGAAUAUGCAACAGUCAUAGGCCAUCGGUUGCAGGAUCAUGGCCUUGUGGUGGAAAUGAUAUACCUUACAUCUGAGUUGGGUCUCACACGCGCCCUCCAAGAAGUUAAAAAUGAUGGUUCCCCAUUUUGUAUUCUUGUUGAACAGUCAAAUGUAGCACUUUCCUCUUGCACCGUAAUCAUGCUUCAUGAGUCUAUCAAAAUACACCGUAAUAUGCCUAUGGAGGAUGCAUUGGCUCUGGUAGUUAAAGCAUUUGGGAAAAUUUUUGCUGAGCGUGAGCAGCAGGAGCGUGCCGAAAUUUCACACAAAGCAGCUGAUCUGGCGGAUGACUACCUAGAACGGGAGCUCUAUGGGAGUUACAGUGUGCCUCUAGGCAUUAGACAUCUCCUCUUUCUAUUAAGUGAGGGAAAAUAUUUAUAUCGUGAGGAGUUGAACUCAAUAUGUGACUACCUGAAGACCAGGAAAGAUGAGCUUGAAGCCCUUGUUGAACAAACUGAUCCUUCAACUGACGUUGAAAACACAUUGUAUCAAGCAAACGUGAUGCCAAGUACAAGCACUGCCACCCAUACCUUAAGUAAACCUCCACCCCUUCUGCCGACACCCAACAGGAAUGUUCUUUUAGGCCAGUCACCCCUUCCUCCAGGUAAACCUGCAUUGUUGGGUGAUAGGCCAUCGGGAGCUCUUCUUCCAACACCAGGGAUGUCCGGUGCAAAGGGUAAACCUCCACCUCUUCUAGCAGCACCUGCUAAAAGACCUGGUCUUCUAGGAUAUUCACCCCAUCAGCCUGCAAAACGACCAUUGCUUGGAGAGAAACCUGGACUUUUGCCAACACCAGCAGUCUUGGAUGAUGACCCUGCACAGUUCGUUUUAAGAACUCUUUCACAGCAGAUUUGACAAAACACAAAGAAGGUACCCAUUUGAGAUUUCUAAAAAUAGCUACAGCACUCGAUCCAAGGUUUAAGAAUCUGAAGUGCCUUCCAAAAAUCUGAGAGGGACGUGGUGUGAAACAUGCUUUCAGAAGUCUUAAAAGAGAAACACUCAGAUGCGGAAACUACAGAACCCGAAUUACCAAAAAAGAAAAUCAACCUUUUGCUGUUGGCAUCUGACUCAGAUGAUGAAAAUGAACAUGCGUAGGUCCGCUUUGCUUUGGAUAGUUAUUGAGCAGAACCAGUCAUCAGCAUGGAUGCAUGUUCUCUGGAAUGGUGGUUGAAGCAUGAAGGGACAUAUGAAUCUUUAGUGCAUUUGGCACGUAAAUAUCUUGCAACGCCGGCAACAACAGUACCACGCGAACACCUGUUCUCACUUUCAGGUGACAUUGUAAACAAGAAGCAGGUAGCAUUAUCUCCUGCAAAUUGUAACCAUACUUGUUUGUCUGAGCGAUUGGCUGAAGUAGGACUGAGUGGAUUUUGUUCUAUUUUUGAAUGUAGUCGUUCUUUUGUACAUAAUUCUACAUUUGUAAGUUCAACUUUCAUGAAAGAGAUUGCACUACAAUACUUGCAUUAGGUGAAUUGAAAAAUACUAUUUUUUUUUUACAGUGCAAAUAUUUGUAAUCAAAAAUAUCAAGUGAGCACUGU